GCUUAACCUAGCCGUGCCAGCUGCAUUCUUCGUCCAUCCACGUUGGCAUCAUGUCGCGGCAGGUGCCGCGCCCCCGCCGCCUGACGCUCGUCGUCUUCGUCGUCCUCGUCCUGGUGGCUGCGAUCGCGCAUGGCGACAUCCCGCCCUGCAAACCCAACAUGUUGGAAAAAGUCCUCGCCCCAACGUACUCGAACCCGGCGCACCAGUUGUGCAUGAAGGACUCUGGGAUGGACAGCAAGGUGUUUCUCAGUGCAGAGUUCUCGCCGACUCUUGCGCAACUCGGCGCGUUUUUCAAGUCGGAAUCGUGUCGAGCGACGUUCCAACUCAUCGUCGACGCCAUCAAGAACGACCUCCCCACUUGCAUGUACUCGACCGCCAUGUCCAGCACCCAACUCGGAAACCUCACGUUCGACCAUCUCCGGACGCUCUACACGGCGUACAUGGCAUCGCUUUAAGUAUUUAAAAACCAAUCUUCCCGACACGAUGGUGCGUACAAUGCGGGGGGGGAUAGAUUGUGUUUGCCUUCGAUGGCAUUCCGGAG